CAGGCUCCCGCCACCAUGCCUGACUACAAUGGGACCUGGGAAAUGGUGACCAAUGACAACUUUGAAGGCUACAUGGUUGCUUUAGGUAUUGAUUUUGCAACUCGUAAGAUUGCAAAACACUUGAAACAAACAAAGGAGAUUGUUCAAAAUGGAGACAAUUUUAAAACCAAAACACUCAGUACUUUCAGAAACUAUGAUUUGGAUUACACUGUGGGGGUGGAGUUUGAGGAGCACACCAAAGGACUGGAUAACCGAUCAGUAAAGUCCCUGGUGACCUGGGAUGGUGACAAACUGGUCUGUGUUCAGAAAGGUGAGAAGAACAACAGGGGCUGGAAGCACUGGAUUGAAGGAGACAUCCUGCAUCUGGAACUGACAUGUGAAGACCAGGUGUGCCAUCAGACAUUUAAGAAGAAGAACUAA